AUGCGAUUGGUCAGCGUGGCCGGGGGGCGGCUCCGCAGGGCGGCCGAGGAGGAAGAGAGGGAGCGCCCACCGGCUCCCUCGCACCGCUCCAACCACCAGUUUGCCAGCAUGAAGAACAAGUUCUUCAAUGAGCUCACACACCUGCCAAAUCAUAAACUCAAUAUGCCCAUGUGGGCGGUGGGAGCUAUUGUGGUCGUGGUCCUCGCCCUUGUUGCCUGCAUGGGAUUCUGCAUCUACAAGAAGUGCUGCAAUAAGGGCAAGAAGCCCAAGAAGGUCCGUGAGAGGAAGGGAGGACGAGGGCGCAGGAAGAAGGAUAAGGAUGGUGAGGAUGGAGAUGAGAAGGAGGGAGAGGAUGGGAAGGAAGAUGAAGAGAAGGAGAACUUUGGCAAACUGGAGUACUCGCUGGACUAUAACUUCAAUGAUAACCAGCUGAUAGUCGGCAUCCUCCAGGCGCAGGACCUCGCAGCCAUGGACUUGGGCGGGACCUCAGAUCCCUACGUCAAAGUCUACAUGCUGCCGGACAAGAAGAAGAAGUUCGAAACCAAAAUCCAGCGCAAGAACCUUUGUCCCGUCUUCAAUGAGACCUUCUCCUUUAAGAUACCCUACAGUGAGUUGGGUGGUCAGACUUUGGUGCUGCAGGUGUUUGACUUUGACCGUUUCGGUAAACACGAUGUCAUCGGCGAGAUCAAGAUCCCCAUGAACAGCGUCGACCUCGCCCAGCCAAUACAAGAAUGGAAGGACCUGGUUGGAGGAGAGAAAGAGGAGCAAGAGAAGCUGGGCGAUAUCUGCAUCUCCCUUCGCUACGUCCCCACGGCCGGGAAGCUAACGAUCAACAUCAUGGAAGCCAAGAACCUGAAGAAGAUGGAUGUUGGAGGACUGUCAGAUCCCUUUGUCAAGGUGGUGCUACAGCACAAUGGGAAGCGACUGAAGAAGAAGAAGACAACGGUCAAACAAAACACUCUGAAUCCUUACUUCAACGAGAGCUUUAGCUUUGAGAUCCCCUUCUCCCAGAUCCAGAAAAUCCAGGUGGUGAUCACCGUGUACGACUACGACAAGCUGGGCAGCAACGAUGCCAUCGGCAAGUGCUGGAUGGGCUACGGCGCCUCAGGCGUCGGGCUACGCCACUGGUCCGACAUGCUGGCCAAUCCCAGGCGCCCAGUGGCCCAGUGGCACACGCUGCAGACGGAGGAGGACGUGGAUGCUGCUCUGAAGGCCCCCAUCCGCUAA